CACCCACGAUGCUGAAAUGCUAGCCCCGACUCGAGUCCUCCGCGCAUCAUGGUCGUCCACGCUCCGCCUGCCCAGAUCGAGCUUCCCGCCGCGCCCACUGCCCACGGCGAGGUCAGAAUACCUCCGCCGGUGCACCGAUGAGCUUUAUGCGUGGCAGCAGAGCGAGGCUCGCUUCCAGCACAAACACACCCCACCCGAGACCUUCACGCUCCACGAUGGGCCACCGUACGCAAACGGGCCGCUCCACGUCGGCCAUGCGCUGAACAAGAUCACCAAGGACAUCAUCUGCCGCUUCCAGGUGGGGCAGGGCAAGAAAGUGUCGUACCUGCCUGGCUGGGACUGCCAUGGCCUGCCCAUUGAGAUUAAGGCGCUGCAGGCCCAGAAACAGGAUGCGGCCAACACGGAUGCUGUGAGCGUGCGGAAGGCGGCGCACAAGCUGGCGGCGCGCACCAUCGAAGAGCAGAAGCGUGGAUUCCGCGAGUGGGCUGUCAUGGGCGACUGGGACCACGCUUAUACGACCAUGAACCGCGACUUCGAGCUCAGACAGCUUGAUGUCUUCAGCGCCAUGUUCGCCAAGGGUCUGAUCUACCGCCAGUUCAAGCCCGUCUACUGGAGUCCGAGUUCCACAACCGCCCUCGCCGAGGCCGAGCUCGAGUACGACGAGGGCCACCAGAGUCUGGCCGCGUAUGUGCGCUUUCCGCUGCACUUGUCGCCGGCGUUGAAGAGUGGCGCGCUGAAAGGAAUCGAGGGCGACAUCGGUCUGGCUAUCUGGACCACGACGCCUUGGACACUGCCAGCGAACAAGGCGGUCGCUGUGCACAGGGACAUGGAGUACUGCAUAGUCAAGGACGUGGACCACGACGGCGAUUUGACCCUGGUCGCGGCAUCACGUGUGGCCGAAUACCAGAAGGCCAUCGAGCGCGAGCUUGUCGUCGUACUACCUGGAUUGAGAGGCGCUGACCUUGCGGGCAGCCUCGAGUAUGAGAAUCCCUUCCAACGGGCGAACGGACUCCAGCCUGUCAUUCACGCAGAUUUCGUCACAGAUGCCUCUGGUACGGGUCUUGUUCAUCUUGCGCCUGGCCACGGUAUGGACGACUACAACGUUUGCAGCGUUAUGGGUAUUCCGGCCUUUGCUCCAAUCGACGAUGCCGGCGCGUUCACCAAGUACGCUUUCCCGGAGCAGCCCGAGCUUCUCGAAGGACUACCCGUGUCGGAUGUCAAGAGAACAGGAAGUAACGCUGUGUGCAACUUCCUCAAGAAGGAGGGCCUCCUGCGUGGGAGACACAACUAUCGCCACAAAUACCCCAUCGACUGGAGGACUAAGCAGCCCGUCGUCGUGAGGGCAACCGAGCAAUGGUUCGCAAACGUGGAAAACAUCAAAAACGCCUCAAUGAAGGCAAUCACCGACGUGAACUUUAAGCCUGAAACUGGACGUUCCCGGCUGGAAAGCUUUAUUCAAGGGCGAAGCCAGUGGUGCAUCUCGCGUCAGCGUGCUUGGGGCGUACCCAUUCCUGCUCUGUACAAAGUUGAGGGCGAGACUCUGGAAGCGGCCAUGGAUUCGAAAAUCAUUGAACAUGUCAUUGGUGUGAUCAAGGAGCGCGGUAUCAAUGCUUGGUGGACCGAUGCCCAGGACGACCCAGCCUGGAAGCCGGAACACCUGUCUGGUACUUAUGUCCGGGGCAAAGAUACUAUGGAUGUGUGGUUUGACAGCGGUACCAGCUGGACCCUUCUCCCACGUCAGGAGGAUCAACCCGUCGCCGAUGUAUAUCUCGAAGGCACCGAUCAGCACCGUGGAUGGUUCCAAUCCUCACUCCUCACACAUGUCGCCACUCAGCCCUAUGACGCUGCCACUGUCAGGGCUCCCUACAAGACUCUGAUCACACACGGCUUCACGCUCGACUCGGAAGGCCGCAAGAUGAGCAAGUCUCUGGGCAAUGUCAUUUCCCCGUCUCAGAUCAUGUCGGGCGAACUGCUCCCACCCAUCAAGAGGAAGAAACAGAAAGGCAAGGGCGCCACUAAAGAGCCCAUCAACGACUCCACUCCCACCUAUGAUGCCAUGGGUUCGGAUGCUCUCCGUCUCUGGGCUGCAAGCAGCGACUACACACGGGAUGUCACCAUCGGCCAGCCAGUCCUCUUGUCUGUCAACCAAGCCCUCCACAAAUACCGCGUAACGUUCAAGUGGCUGCUGGGGAUCUUCUCGCUGCCCUCCUGCCCGCCACCCUUCUCAUCCUUCACCACUCUCCGCAGCGAAGACCUGGAGAACCAACCUCUCCCCCUACUCACCGACACACUAGCUCUCCACCGCCUGAAGCAAGUCAGCAACGCCGUGCACGCCCACUACACCGACUACGAGUUCUCCAAAGGCAUCAACACAAUCAACAAAUACAUCGCCAACGACCUCUCAGCCUUCUACUUCGAAACGCUAAAAGACCGCAUCUACACAGGCGACAAGCACGACUGCCAACACCUCCAACGCGUCCUGGGCCGCAUCUUCUUCGAACUCCUCCACAUGCUCGCCCCCAUCUGCCCCCUCCUCGUAGAGGAAGUCUGGCACCACACCCCCCAGCCCCUACAGACGAGUACUACCCACCCCGCGCGUGCACACUGGACUCCGCUCGCCCAAUCCCCCGACACCGCACAGCAACUCGACGCUAUGCUCGCGCACAUCGCGGAUAUCAGCUCGGCGGUAAAUACAGCACAGGAGCGUCUCCGCGCGGACAAGAAAAUCGGCUCCAGCCUCGAAUCCGGCGUCGCUCUGCUGCUCCCCGCGCCUGCGCUCAAGGCGCUGCAGGACUGCUUCGUCGCUUGCACACGCGCGGGUGUCGACGCGCUGGACGACCAGUUCGCGGGCCUGUUCGUCGUGAGCGCGUUUCGUGUGCGCGGCUUGGAUGGGGUGAGGGAGGUGGAUGCGCAGCAGUGGGCGUGGCGUGAGGAACAGCCUGUCGUUAGUAGCUCUUUCGAAAACGCGAAGAUCGUCGUGCAUCCUCCUGCGGCGGAGAAGUGCGCGCGGUGCUGGCGGUUUGUGAGGGAGGGGCAUGAGGAGCUGUGUAAGCGGUGUGAGGGCGUUGUUGAAGAGUGAAGUGGAGAGAUUGUAUUUUAUUGUAUACUGUGUGUACGUAGUGGUAGAUUAUCUAUGACCAAAAAAGUCGAUUUAUUGUUUUCCUUCUGAUUUGUCCACUCUUUUACGUUCUAUGCUUUCUUCGUAGAAGGGAUUGACGGAUACUUCAUUACUG